UCCACAAAAUAUGUUAUUAAAUUUAUAUACAAAUUUAUUAUGAAAAUCACUUAGUAUUUGUAUUUGUUGUUUAAUUGAUCAUAUUUUUCAUUUAAUUUUUAUUUAUUUGUGUUUUGCGAGUGCAACCGGGAAAGGAUGCGAGACUUGACCAGCUAGAUCUGAGAGGAAAAGAAGGCCUGGGAAGCAUCGUGUGUCGAUCAACGUAUCAACGUUUCAAUUAACUUCGCAGGAUGUGAGGAGGAUGAAGUCCGGGCAUGUAUAUGUAUAAUUGUUGAGCUCUUUAGAGGCUGGCGAACAAUAUGAUGAGUUCACUUCAAAUAGGAAAACGGACAAUACAAACUGAUAAUACAUUAGUCGAAUUUGCCAACAAUUACAAUCAUUGCUGAUUUUGGCAGCGAUCAAGUCAAAUAGUAAGAUUACUGCUCAACAGUGAAGAUCCGCGAUGAUACAGACCAUUCGUCCAAAACUGUCAGAAUCGGACGACGAGAUCGGUAUCGACGAUGUCAAGACAAAAGAGACUGAUAUUUUCGAUCGUGCUAUUACAAUAACUCGCUAUGGGAUGCGGCUGCUGGGUUUCUGGCCGCAGGACACACGGCUCCUCUACGAUCUAUGGUGUGGUGCGAUUUUCAUGCUGAUCAGCUCCUUUACGUUCCCCAUAGCUCUACGAACGUACACCGUGGUAUACGCAGUGACAGAUUGGAACUCGGUGAUGCACCAAGCCCUCGAGAUAAUUCCGACAAUCCCUCUCCUGGCAAGAUUUAUCUUUAUGAAGAUGAUGGCCAAGAACUUUCGGCUCAUUCUCUGCAUGAUGACCGCCGAUUGGGCGGACUAUCGUUACCUGACGAAGCGGAAUCGACAGAUUAUGAUCUAUUAUGCUAAAAGAGGCAGGCGAUUCAGUAUACUUAGCAUUAUACUCAUGGCGUUGGCAUUAAUAGGAUUUAUAUUAACGCCUGUCAUAAAUAUGUGGCGUAAUGAUAGUCUCUGGAACGUAACGACUAGAAUCUUACCUCACGAAGGACUCUAUCCUUUUCAUAACAAGAAGUCACCCGUAUACGAGAUGCUCUACGUCGCGCAGUUACUUGUAAUGUUCCUUUGCGCCAUGGCAUUGGCCACUGUGGACUGCUUUCUGUAUGUCAUCGUGUUCCACGUGUGCGGACAGUUUGACAUACUGGCCACAAUUCUGAAACGAUAUGAUGGCUCCAUCAGGCAUCAUUACAUGAAAGAUGCACGUAACUGCGCUUGCCUCUCGUGUAUUGUAAAGAGACACGUGCAUAUUUUAAGCUUUGUGGACAUCAUAGAAAAGUCCUUUCGUGACUUUCUUCUGUUACAGUUACUAGGAUACUGGUUUAGCCUAGUUUUACAGGGGCGUGAACUUAUCCUGCACGUUCGACACAGUAACGUUGAUGGUAUUAUUACGUGCAUCCUAUACGUGCUGACGAUUAUGUAUUAUAUUUUUAUAUACUGCUAUGUUAGCGAGUGUAUUAUCGAAAAGAGCGAGGACAUCGGAAGAAUAGCUCAUGAUCUGGAGUGGCAACAUUUUCCACGGGACUCUAAUCUGCCAAUUAUAGCAGCACGCACAAGAAUACCUUGCAAACUUACCGUAGGAAGGUUCCUUACCUUGUCCUUUCCUUGUUACAACACGAUUAUAACGACGACCAUCUCGUACAUAUCCGUACUCGCGGCAUUUAAAUAAGCAAGUUUUCAUUGAUAAAUAAUUUGAUAUUUAUACAGUUUUAACUUUUUUGUGUUUAAGCCAUGCCGUGUGCAAUUAUUGUAUGAUACAAGAAUUUUGUGAAUAUUGUAACAAAAGUAUCGAAGAAAGGAAACAAUUAAAAAGUGUGCGUUUAAA